GGGGAGUUCCCUGACGAAAUGGGAUCACGCUAGGGAGCCUAAUUACCUCUGAUAGAAUUAAAAACGAGCCAAUAAAAAUUGGCAUGCAAUCUUUGCAUUCCGCGAGCCGCCUACAAACGCGGAUAUAAAAGCGGAAGUAAAACAUUGCAUAGACGCUUUUUGCUUCGGAGCCUCUCAGAGCUUACCUGCUGUUCUGAAGUUUGGAACGAGCUUGGAGAAGAAACGUUCGGUGUGCUGGUGUGACGGUGCUUCAGUGAUCCUCGUCUCAAGUGCAGCACGCGGUUGCAGUUUCCGGCGGUGUCUGCGGCGGUGGUCCCUCGGCGCUUCGGCACUGGAGAGCAGUUUAUUUUUUAUUUUUUAUUUUUUGCUAAAAGAGCUCCACGGUGUGUUCGCGUCCUUUUCAGGAUGUCGACUCGCCCGUGCGUUUCUGGAUGCGGUCGACUUCUCCCUCAGGCUGAUGGCCACAAACACUGCUUCACGUGUCUGGGCUUAGCACACGCUGAAGCGGCGUUUGUGGAUGAGUCAUGCUCUCAUUGCGGGAGUAUGACUCUCGCGAUGCUACGUUCGAGACUGAGAUCCCUGAAACAUGGGGGAGUCCCUUCAGAGAAUCUCCGGUCUAGUUCGUCUGCUGGUUCAGUUCAGCAGACGGCUACUUCUGUGAUUCCUGUUGGUGAGCGAAUGAGGAUUACUGUGAGAAACGCGACAGGUGGAAGAUCCUGUCGGGCGCCUCACACCUCUAGUUGCACGCUGCCAUCGGCGCUUCCGGUGGAGCGGCCGGAGCCCCCUCGGGCGGUUCCGGUUGUCUCCUUCGGUGCGCCACCUGAGGAUCAGAUGUCGAUCGCGGCAUCGGAGGAAGAGCGGUCAUCUUCUGGCGAAGACUCUACGGUGCUGCCCCCUUCGGGUGUGGUGGCGUCGGUGGAGCCUGACCCGGAAAUGGCCGCUAUGCUCGAACGGGCGGCCGCGAAUGUCGGGCUUGCGUGGAACCCUCCACCGGGUCCUGAACCUUCGCGGCUAGAUGAUUGGUGUCUCGGAGCGGGUCGUGCUGUUGCCCCACGACCCGCUCCAGUCCCUUUCUUUCCCGAAGUGCAUGAGGAGUUGAGGAAGUCUUGGUCGGCGCCUCUGGCGUACAGGCGGAGACAACCUCGCUCCUCCUUCCUUACCACCUUGGACAGCGGGGCGGCGCACGGGUACGAGGGAAUCCCCCCAGUGGAGCGGUCUAUCGUGAUGCAACUGUGUCCGAAGGCCGCUUCCUCCUGGUGGGGUGCCCCUUCACUCCCCUCCCGCGCCUGUAGGUUUUCCUCUGGUCUGACCGGGGAUGCCUACAUGGCGUGUGGAGACGCCGCUUCCGCCCUGCAUGCCAUGGCGUUGCUCCAAGUCCAUCAGGCUAAAGCACUCCAUGACUUGCAGGCGGGUGGUCCCGACCCAGCUUUGCUGCAGGAGCUGCGUGUGGCGACGGACUUCGCCCUCCGGGCGACGAAAGUCGCCGCACGUUCGCUGGGUCGGGCGAUGUCCACUUUGGUGGUCCAGGAGCGCCACCUGUGGCUGACCCUGGCAGAUAUGAGGGAAGCGGAGAAGAACAAACUUCUCAACUUCCCCGUAUCCCAGGGCGGCCUCUUCUGCGACGCGGUGGAGAACUUGGCCCAGGAGUUCUCCGCCGCCCAAAAGCAGUCGGAGGCUAUACGGCAUGUCCUGCAUAGGAGGCGGCCGGCUGCGGGCCCGUCUCCUGUGGCUGUACAAGCCCCGGCUGCUUCCCGUCGCCGAGGUCGCCCUCAAGCGCCAGCUCCUCCUCCAGCGCAGCCUACCACCCCUGGAACGAGGAAGUCUGGUCGCAAGAGGGCGGCCCAGCCCGCUCAGACGCCCCCGGCCCCUUCCCGUAAAAGGAAGGGAGGGAAGCGUUCCUGAGACGGGCGACCUGUCUCCUCCACCCAAGAGGGUCCGAACGACGGUGGAUGCUGUCUGCGAGCAGCAUCGCUCUCGUUCCCCUCUUCCCAGUCCGCAGAUA